AUGAAGAUUGAGGAGGUGAGGAGCACCAUGAAGACGCAGCGCAUCGCCUCCCACAGCCACGUGAAGGGGCUGGGGCUGGAUGAGAGUGGCCUGGCCAAGCAGGCGGCGUCGGGGCUCGUGGGGCAGGAGAACACACGAGAGGCGUGUGGCGUCAUAGUAGAAUUAAUCAAAAGCAAGAAAAUGGCCGGAAGAGCCAUCUUGUUGGCUGGGCCUCCCAGAACUGGCAAGACAGCCCUCGCGCUGGCCAUUGCUCAGGAGCUGGGCAGUAAGGUUCCCUUCUGCCCCAUGGUGGGCAGCGAAGUUUACUCAACAGAGAUCAAGAAGACGGAGGUGCUGAUGGAGAACUUCCGCAGGACCACUGGGCUGCGGAUAAAAGAGACCAAGGAAGUCUACGAAGGUGAAGUCACCGAACUCACGCCGUGCGAGACCGAGAGCCCCAUGGGGGGUUAUGGCAAAACCAUCAGCCACGUGAUCAUAGGACUCAAAACCGCCAAAGGCACCAAGCAGCUGAAGCUGGACCCCAGCAUUUUCGAGAGUUUGCAGAAAGAGCGAGUGCAGGCCGGAGACGUGAUUUAUAUCGAGGCCAACAGCGCCGUGAAGAGGCAGGGCAGGUGUGAUACCUACGCCACGGAGUUUGACCUGGAAGCCGAAGAGUGUGUCCCUCUGCCAAAGGGGGAUGUGCACAAAAAGAAAGAGAUCAUCCAGGACGUCACCUUGCACGACUUGGACGUGGCCAACGCGCGGCCCCAGGGGGGAGACAUCCUGUCCAUGAUGGGCCAGUUAAUGAAGCCAAAGAAGACAGAAAUCACAGACAAACUCCGCGGGGAGAUCAACAAGGUGGUGAACAAGUACAUCGACCAGGGCGUCGCCGAGCUGGUUCUGGGCGCGCUGUUCAUCGACAAGGUCCACAUGCUGGACAUCGAGUGCUUCACCUACCUGCACCGGGCCCUGGAAUCUUCCAUCGCCCCCAUCGUCAUCUUCGCAUCCAAUCGUGGCAACUGCGUCAUCAGAGGCACGGAGGACGUCACCUCCCCUCACGGCAUCCCACUGUAACUGCUGGACUGAGUGAUGAUCAUCCGGACCAUGCUGUACACGCCGCAGGAGAUGAAGCAGAUCAUCAAGAUCCGCGCGCAGACGGAGGCCAUCAGCCUCAGCGAGGAGGCGCUCAGCCACCUGGGUGAGAUCGGCACCAAGACCACGCUCAGGUAUGCGGUGCAGCUGCUGACCCCGGCCAACCUGCUGGCCAAGAUCAACGGCAAGGACGGCAUCGAGAAGGAGCACGUGGAGGAGAUCAGCGAGCUCUUCUACGACGCCAAGUCCUCGGCCAAGAUCCUGGCCGACCAGCAGAACAAGUACAUGAAGUGA